AUGCUUGGAGGCGUCAUUUUCAACGAGGCCAAGAAGGAGGUUGAUAGCGAGCCCAAGGCCGAGAAGAAGGAGGGUGAGGCCCCCGAAGGCCAGCAGAGUGCCUACGACCCCGAGACCGGCGAGAUCAACUGGGACUGCCCUUGCCUGGGCGGCAUGGCCAACGGUCCUUGUGGAGAGGAGUUCAAGGCGGCCUUCUCCUGCUUCGUCUACUCGAAGGCCGAGCCCAAGGGCAUGGACUGCAUUGAGAAGUUCUCCGGCAUGCAGGACUGUUUCCGAAAACACCCCGAGGUGUACGCUGACCAGCUGAGAGACGACGAGGAAGAGGAGAAGAUUGUGCAGGAGGCCGUCACCAAGAAGGAGUCUCCCGCUGAAGUCAUUGAGGAGGUUUCCGAGGUUGUCGAGAUCCCCGAGAAGAAGGAGCAGCUCUCCGUCCCCGCCGAGGAGAUCAAGCAGGUUGUGCGAGACACCGCCAAGGGUCUGCACGAUAUUGCUGAGGACGUGACCUCCAAGGUCGACUCUGUGGCCAAGAAGGUCGGACUCAUUGCUGACUCCGAGGACCUGCGAAAGAACAUCACUGACGCUAUCAAGGCCGCCGAGGACGUCAUUGACCACAUUGCCGACUCCACCGACUCCAUUGUCGACUCUCUGGGAGGCUCUGCCGACAAGAUGUCCGACCAGAUCAAGCCCGUCAUCGAGAAGAUCACCCCUGUUAUCAAGAAGAUUGAGGAGAUCCUCGAGUCCGACAAGGGCGACAAGAAGUAA